CAGCUGUAGCAGAAGCAGCCAUGGGUGAAACCCAAACCUUUUACACCGAAGCUACACCAGAGCAGCUGGAGCAGCUUCAGCAGCAGGGCAUCCACUAUGACGUCAUUACUUUCACCAAUGAGUAGAGAUACACAUGGAGCCGAAGGGGACAAACAGAAACGACUCUGACCUCAUCUUAUUUAUGCACCCGUUAAAAGAAAAGCCUUAACUUCUCUGCUGCAUCCUCUGCCCGAGGCAGCUGCAAAACAUCAGCAGCUUGUUACAAAUCCACUUUAUUGCACCUGUUUCUUCUAUCUCAUUCAAU